CUCCCCCUCUUCCCGGGUUGACAACAUUGCAGGUGUGACGUUUUCCACAUUUCUCGUCCGCUAAGGAAAAUAUGCUGUCCUACGCCUUCUAAUCCGGAGAAUUUCAACCUGGUAAUGAAAUUGUAACCAAAGAGGACAGCUAUGAGUUCAUAAACUCAAUGGAAGUGUUCCAGUCAUUUCAACAUCCAUCCAAAAAGAACUACAUAACGUCUCGAGUGCGCGCUGUCGCACAGGAACGUCUGGGCUUUGACAGAGCUUUCGACCGAAGUAGCAAGUUAUCUUUGCCCUGACUCUGAACCGCGAGACAUUUUGUAGGCCAACUGCAAGCCUACCCAUCGCGCCCUUUCCCGGCCAGGGCUAACCACCACACAGUGACAGGACUUUCUGUGUCGACUGCUGCCCAGAUGCCCGGUGGAGGAUGCCUUCGCAACAGAUAGACAUGGAGUUGAUGACUCCCCUCAUGGAGAACCCUGGAGGAGGGCAGGAGGAGGAGGACUCUGAAGGAGACCAGGAUCCAGAUCUGCUGCCUGUCAGACACCAGGAGCUGGGCAACAGCCACCAGGGCAUCACGUUUACUCAGGCUCUCAUCCACCUGCUGAAGGGGAACAUUGGGACUGGGUUGCUGGGUCUUCCCCUGGCAGUACGCAACGCAGGUGUCAUAGUGGGGCCUCUUUGCCUGGUGCUGAUGGGUGUGGUCUGUGUUCACUGUAUGCACAUCCUGGUCCACUGUAGCCACCACCUGUGUGAGAGGUUGAAGAGACCUCCCAUGGGGUACAGUGACACAGUGGCCUUCUCCAUGGAGCACAGCUCCUACCAGUGCUUCAGGAAGAGUGCCAGAUUUGGGAGGCACCUGGUCAACUUCUUCCUGGUGUUGACACAGCUGGGAUUCUGCAGUGCAUACUUUGUGUUCCUGGCAGAGAAUAUCAAACAGGUCGUUGAGGGCUACCAAGGUGUAAACAUCACCCUGGCAGAUGAAUCCUUGUCCUUUGCCAACACCUCCAUGGUGCCAGCCCUGGUCCCUCUACCCACCAUGGUGCCCUCUGAGCCCUGGGCGCUGGACCUGCGUCUCUACAUGCUCUUCUUCCUGCCCUUCCUCAUCCUGCUGGUGUUCAUGAAGGACCUGAAGAACAUGGCCGUCCUGUCGUUGCUGGCCAACGUCUGCAUGGCCGUCAGCGUCAUCAUCAUCUUCCAGUACAUCACGACGGAUUUUGGGGACCUUCAGCGUCUCCCUCUCACUUCCCCCUUGGCCAAGUUCCCCUUCUUCUUCGGAACAGCCAUCUUUGCCUUCGAAGGCAUCGGAGUGGUUCUUCCUCUAGAGAACCAGAUGAAGGAACCGAAGCGGUUCCCCAUGGCUCUGAACAUAGGGAUGGGUAUCACCAUCGUCCUCUACGUUGUCUUGGCAACGCUAGGCUACCUCCACUUUGGUGACGACAUCAAAGGAAGCAUAACCCUUAACCUUCCUCACAACGCAUGGACCAAUCAGAUGGUGAAGAUCUUGUACUCCUUUGGAGUGUUUGUCAGCUUUGCCAUCCAGUUCUUCGUCCCGGCGGAGAUCAUGAUUCCCCCGGUCCAAGCAAGGCUACGGGAGAGCUGGAGGACACCCUGUGAGAUGAUCCUCAGAGGCCUGCUCGUCUGCCUCACCUUCUCCUUUGCUGUGCUGAUCCCUCGUCUGGACUUGGUAAUCUCCCUGGUGGGUGCCGUGUCCAGCAGUGCCCUGGCCCUGGUCUUCCCCCCCCUGGUGGAGCUCAUCACCUUCUCAGACCGACCGCUGAAGCCAGCCAUGUUGGUCAAGGACCUUCUCAUCGCUGUGGUGGGCUUCAUAGGGUUCCUGGCUGGGACCUACGUCACCCUGGCUGAGAUCAUCUCCCCAGAGGAGCCUCCGGAGGUCAUCAGGGAGGCAGCUCAGAAAUUGACUGUUGCUGCUGCUACUGCUGUGGCUGGGGCCUUAAGGAUGUCUGAGGAGCUAGGCGGGACCACACCUACUGCUGCUGUGACCUUGGGAUGACCUUGGUUGACCUUAAAAUGACCUGUAGGCAUGGCUCUUGGGGCAACAGGAGAUUAAAUGCGAGCAGACAAUGUAUUCGCUUACAGAUUGUUUUUCAAAUGGUUGCUGGAUCCUUGUUUUGUCAAAUCUAUAGAAAAUGUAAUGGACAGCAUAGUCCCCAACGACGAUCUGACAGGAAUGCUUGAGUUUCCUUCCGCAUAGUGGAACAUGAAAAAGUAGAACCAAACACACAGCAUAGAAACGUAGGAAAGACACUGUAGUGUACACAGCCCUAACCACUUAGGACCCUUUCAUAUGGAUGUUAUGGACUGCACAGACAUAACAACAACAUUUGUGGCACACACACAGUGCAUAAAAUGCACACACACACACACACACACACACACACACACACACACACACACACACAAGCAUAAACAUCCCCAACUAGCUUCUCCCACGCAUCACCAGCUUCAGCACAUUGCCCCGCAGUGAUCAGAGUUCUCUCUCCAUCUCCAGUAUGGGUACUGUGACGUUUCCACUGCCUCAUCUCUAUCAGAGGGAAAAUCUCAUCAAAAACUAAAUCAUCAAUGUAUGAUGUCGCAGGGAAACAACAGCCCUUCUAUAUGCAGGUCCCACAGUACAUCAUCUGAAACCAGAUUCUCCUUAUUGUAUUGUUAGUGAUUCUAUAACCUCUGAUAUGGUUUUUCAACCCUUGGGGAGUGGGGACUGUAGCCGCUAUCAAUUUUUAUGAUAAAUGUUCCCUCCAAGCUGCGCGCCCUCCCCUCGGUCUGCCGCGCAGAUGAAAUAUCAGCCCACGCAGAGAAGCACGAGAUUGAACUUCACUCCAUUUUCUAGAGUUUUCCCCUUUAGUUAACACU